AUGUCUGCAUUCAAUGGGACAUGGAAGUUUGUUGAAAGUUCUAAUUUACGGGAAUUGUUUGACGAAAUAGGGGCAUUUAAAGAAUUAGCUGAUGCUGCUGACCAGUUUAAACCAAUUGUCAUUCUAACUGUGAAUGAUACUGAACUACAUAUGAAGAUUACUAUGUUCGAUCGUGAAGUUGAACGAGUUUAUGAACUGGGCAAAGAAGUUGAUGAAGUAUCACUGGACGGACGAAAUGUUCGAACUCUUCUGACGGCCGAAUCAGAGAAACUCACAUACAAGCAAAUCGAUGGUGGUAAUCUAGAAGUCUGUUCUACAUGUGAAGUCCAUGGAGAUAUAAUGAACACAAUAUGUAGUGUUGGAAAUGUAACUGCGAAUCUCAAGUUCGAACGUGUUUGCUGCGGAGUAUGA